AUGGCGAUCCGGAGUCCCACCAUGGCAGAUAUUGAUGAAAAGGAGGAACUGAGGAACUUUGAGGAAGAGGAAAAGCGCCAUCUGGAGGAAGAAAAGGGAUUCGUAUUUGUCCACCCCGGCGACGCUCUCGGCUCCAACCCCGUUCUAGCCGUCCCACCCCCUACUCAGGGUUCCUUGAGCGCACAAUACCCUUCUCCCCUCCCCAGCAACCUCUCCCGGCUCCCCGACCGCGAGAUCAUCUCAGGCUCGCUCUCUUGCGGGCCCCAUGCCUCUCACGCGCCCACCCUAUACGCAAUCCCCCAAAUCUCGUAUGGGCUCCCUCAACCUCAUCACAACCCCAACCUCAAGCCCUCCGCGCCUCCCACGCUCUGCGCACUCCUCCCCUUCCUAUCGGCAUUCGCCCUCGGCGCGCUCCGCUGCCACACCUACGUCCGUGGGCUCACACGCGCCUCUUCUCGGCGCCGGGCCUAG